AUGUUCGCCUCUUCAUUUUUCAGGCUCCAAUACUGGAAGACCUUUAUAACCCCAAACCAGUAUUCUCAUAAACAGAUUCCGGACCUGACAGACAAAGUUGCCAUCGUCACGGGAGCUAACAGUGGUCUUGGUUAUGCAUCCACGGUUGCUCUGGCUGCUCAUGGCGCACAUGUCUUUCUCGCCUGCAGGAGUCAGCAGCGAGCUAUGGACGCUAUCAAACGAGCCAAGGAGGAUAUCAAAGAGGUGCUUGCUCAUUUAUCAACAGAGAUAGUAAAAACAGAACCAAAGCUUGAAUUUUUAGAACUGGAUCUUAACGACAUGGCUAAAGCUCGUGAUUCAGCAAGGAAUUUUUUAGCAAAGAAUCUACCCAUUCAUAUUUUGAUUUGCAACGCUGGCAUCAAUUUGACUCCUUUUGAACUUAGUGCUAACGGUAUCGAAACUCAAUUUGCAGUUAACCACAUGGGGCACUUUGUUUUCGCCACCGCAUUACUGGAACGUAUCAAAGAAUCGCAGCCUUCAAGGAUUGUCAUCGUUUCCUCCAUGAGCCAUGAAGUCCAUCCUCCUGGGGGAAUUGAUUUUGAGACAUUGAAUGACGUGACCAACAUCAACGUUGUUCAGCGCUAUGCCCGUUCCAAGCUUGCAAACCUUUUGUUUGGUAAAGCUCUAGCCCGUCGUUUGUCAAAAGAGCGUGUUUACGUCAACAUUGCGGAGCCUGGCUAUACCAAUACAGCAAUCUCUCGUCAUACUAAAGAUGUUUAUGGAACUUUAGCAGGAAAGCUUGCUGACUUCAUGAACAGAUGGGUGGCUAAGGACCCCAAAAUGGCUUGCCUGACCCAGCUGUACCUUGCUACAAGUCCAGAGGUCGAGAGUAUGGAUAUUCGUGGACGAUACUUCAUCCCCAUUGCUAAUGAGCUCAAUCCAAGUAAGUAA